AUGGUUCAAUUCCUCAGAUUUGUUGGCUUUGUCGCUGCUAUGGCAGUUGUCGUUCAGGCUGCCCCUGUGGAUACACCCGACAAUCACAAUACUCAGGAGGAGUACGAAGCCGAGGAAGCUGCCUUCAAGACCAUGAGCUUGGAGCAGAGGCUGGAGAAGCAUGCCAACCACAAGAUCUACAAACCUCAUGGCACGGUCAAGUGUAUGUCGACUCCUGGCUACCCUAUCCUGACCGCCACCUACGGAGAGGCGUGCAAGAACAAAGAGACCCAGCGUGCUUUGGCUUACUGGCUUGAAGGUGAUGUUCACUCGUGCAUAGAGGCCAAAAGAGAGGCAAAGAAGAAGGACGACAAACUCUCGCCCAACUACGCACCUUGUGAUGCGGACUUUGAUGACAUGAAGUACAUGCCGCUCGACACUUGGGAGUAA